AUGGCUCCAGAUUUGAACUCAGUUCCUUCUUCCCCUAGGGUUGACAAAAAGUCGGCCUUUCCUUUCAACCAGGCCAACAAUAUGCCUUCAGGUUCGAAGCCAAAUAUUUUAUAUAUCAUGGCGGAUCAGUUGGCAGCACCCUUGCUCAAAAUGCACAAUCCAAAAUCUCAAAUUCAAACACCACAUCUUGACGGUCUUGCAAAAGAUGCCGUCGUCUUCGAUUCCGCAUAUUGCCCUUCGCCACUUUGCGCACCUUCUCGAAUGUCCAUGGUGACUGGUCAAUUACCUUGCAGAAUUGGUUCAUACGAUAAUGCCAGCUCGAUCGAUCCCUCUACUCCAACAUACGCACAUUAUCUACGAGCAGCAGGAUAUGAAACUACAUUGGCAGGAAAGAUGCAUUUUAUUGGAGAACAAUUACAUGGUUACGAGAGUCGUUUGACAAGUGAUAUCUACCCUGGAGAUUAUGGUUGGGCAGUUAAUUGGGAAGAUCCAGACAAAAGAUUGGAAUGGUAUCACAAUGCUAGUUCUAUUUUACAAGCUGGUAUUUGUGUGCGAAGCAAUCAAUUGGAUUAUGAUGAGGAGGUUAUGUAUAAAUCAACUCAAUUCCUUUAUGAUCAUGUCCGCAAAGGACCAAAUACUAGACCUUUCUGUAUGACAGUCUCCCUCACUCAUCCUCACGAUCCUUAUAAUAUUCAAAAGAAGUUCUGGGAUCUCUACGAAGGUGUGGAUAUUGAUCUACCAGAGACCAAGAUUCCACAAGAAGAAUUAGAUGCACACAGCAAGCGCCUAUUGAAAGUUUGUGACCUUUGGGGUAAGGAAUUCACAGAUGAUCAAAUCAAGAGAGCUAGACGUGCAUACUAUGGAGCAGUCAGUUAUGUUGAUGAUUGCAUUGGAAAAUUACUUCAAGUCUUGAAGGAUUGUCGACUUGAUGACAAUACUAUUAUUGUUUUCAGUGGUGAUCAUGGUGAUAUGCUGGGAGAACGUGGUCUUUGGUAUAAGAUGUCUUAUUUUGAGUCAUCUGUUCGAGUACCUCUUCUCGUUCAUUAUCCAAAAUAUUUCAAUGCGCAUCACGUAUCCGAGAAUGUUUCUACAUUGGAUAUUCUUCCAACAUUGGCAGAUCUUGCUAAUGUCGAAUUAUGGCCUGGUCUUCCUAUGGAUGGUUCAUCUCUUCUCCCACAUCUUCAAUCACGUCCAGGUGGAUCUGAUACUGUUUUUGCGGAGUAUUGUGGUGAAGGUACUAUUUCACCAAUGAUGAUGAUUAGACGUGGACCAUGGAAAUACAUCACAUGUCCAGCAGAUCCGGAUCAACUUUACAAUCUUGCUGAUGAUCCUAAGGAAGUUGUAAACCUUGCAUCACUUCCAAGUAAACAUCCACUCAUGACCGAAGAAACCACCAAAUUCUUGAAAGAUUUCCAAGCUGAAGCUGCAGCCAAGUGGGAUUUUGAAAAAAUCACCAAUGAUGUUCUUCUUUCUCAACGUCAAAGACGACUUGUUUGGAGUGCUCUUAAAGUUGGUAAAUUUACUAGCUGGGACCAUAAUCCAAAUGAUGAUGGCCGUGAGAAAUAUAUUAGAUCACAUAUUCCACUUGAUGAUUUAGAACUGAGAGCUAGAUACCCUCCAGUUGAUAGUCAAGGAAGAGAUUUGGCAGGGGUUGGUAUGGGUGGCUCAGGAGCUGGUGGUAUGGGAAGUGUAGUUUAUGAUCAAGCUGGUGCUCAUGGUCAAUAA